GCAGCCAUGAAAAGGCAUUGAAAUUAUCGUAAAUUUUUUUCACAUUAAAAAAGCCUGUAAAAGCACCCUCAUAAAAUGGCAUUUUACGACCUACUCCUGCUUCGUCUGAUCCGAGCACAGCGCUUUUAAUUUCUGACUUUGACUUUCAGCCGCGGCUCAAAAUCAGCGAAAGUGAGACGCUGUGCCGGUCGACUCCGUCAGAGGCGCCACUCAUCGAAAGGGCACCGAAAAUUUGUGUGCCUGACGCCAGAGGCCCCAGGUCCCAGUUCGGGUGAGGCAGCGUCGCGUUCAAAAUAAACGAUUUCGCAGACGUCAGCGACGCCUCUUCGGAGGCAGAUCUCACAAUCAGACAAUCGGACUACGAAUGCAACUAAAGCCAACAGCGAGAUGAAAAUAGGCAAAUUUGCCAUUCUACUCGUCCUUGGCGGGCUGGCUUCGGGCAAGGAUUUUUGCAAAGAAGAAUUACAGACGACUGUGGAGGACGCAAAUAUAUUAAAUAACGGAUCCCUUUUCACCAGCGCAGGUGACAAUUAUCCCAAAGGAACCUAUUGGAUUACCGCGACGGGGCUCUGGAAGGUCUGUCCCUGCCUCUCGGCGCAAUGCAUCAGAAUCUGCGACAAAGAUUAUAUUACAUCCAUUUUAAAAGCUUAUGAUAAUGAGAAAGGCGUGCCACUCAUUCCCAUCCCUUGGAAGGAAGUCUUUGGGAUUGAUGCGCCAGAAGUAACGCCGACAGACAGCUUGCAACGCGUGCACAAUGCUAAAUGCGACGGCUUAGCUGGUUUUUUAGAUCAGGAGGACUUCAAAAUACUCGAAAAUGGAAAGCUGUUAAAAUAUAGAACCGAGACACACGACGCUCUGCAUUACUGCAUCCACCAAGUGGAGGGAAACGCCAUUUAUUUACUACAGUGUGCUGAUGAUGAUGUUAGAUAUGAAGAAACACUGCCUUUGAGGUACAGCCUUUACCCACCGUUCUUCAUCUUCAGUUGCAUUUUCCUGAUUUUCACCGUCUUGGCGUACGUCUACUCGCCGCAACACAACUCUUUCCACGCGAAAUGUGUGGUUUUCCACUCGACGUGUCUGGCGGUCUUUUUCGUCGCUUUGUCUGUGGAUUUCCUGUAUGACAGCGUUAAGAACAAGGGUCUCUGCUUUUUUAUUGGAUACACCACCUUUUAUUUCCAUCUGGCCUCUGUGUUUUGGCUCAACUCCAUGUGCGUUGACGUCUUCUGCUCAUUCAAAGGAAUUGUCCUCACGCAGACUCAUUUCGUGAUUUCCCAUCUUUAUUCUUUUGGAACUCCAUUGGUCUCGGUGGCUGUGGCUCUGCAUUUCAAUCUAAUCGGCGGAGACUCUCUUCUCAAUUCUAGAUUGGGAGAAAGCUUGUGCUGGUUACAAGAAAGCACGGCUCUCUGGCUGUAUUUCCACGGACCGAUUCUGGUGCUGCUUUUGGCCAACACUUUCUUGCUUUUCGCAACUUAUUACACCAGACGUGAACGCACCACAGACGAAUUAACGGCCAGGAAGGAGCAGGAACAGCACGAGUGGCGCAUGGAAUGCCUCAUUCUGAUGCUUUUGGCGUGUUUCGACUGGAUCAGUGAAGUCGUUUCACGCACCGUUGAGAUUUGGAUUUUCAUUGAUCUCUUCAAUGCCUCGAGAGGAGUUCUCAUUUUCGGCAUCCUCGUUUGCGCCAAUAGGAAAAUGAGAAAGGUCUUGAGCGAUAGACUGUGCAAGACGACCAAUAAUCAAGCAAUAUAAUUUAUCGCAUAAAUGGGUUACUUUUUAUUUGUUAAUUUGUGAGUCUAUACAUAUAUGCGACGGAGAUGAUUUAUUUCGCUGAAAGGACCUCUAAAACGGAAAAAGCAACGCAGCAACAUUUUUUCAGCGUUUGCAUGUGUAUACCAGCGUGAUAUAUAACGGUAAAAACUACUUACUUGUUACCAGGAAUGCAAAAUUAUUGCAAAUUAAUACAAAAAACUUUUCUGGAGGGGGCUGAAGGAUAUAGAAACUUAGGGUUGGACGGUAAGUACCCCUAAACCCUUCAGCUGGUCAAGGGGGAUUGAGAGAAGUCCAAGGGUGGGUAGUUUUUGUGAUUUGGAGUUGCAAAAAUAACGAAAUUUGAAAAAUUUACGUUUAAAAUAUUGUCGAUAAUUUUCGUACCUCUUAAAUAUCGUGUUCUAACCAUUAGAAUUGCAAAAACUACCCACUGUUAGACUCGUCUUGACCUCCACUAACGAGCUAAGGUAUUAAGGGGUGCUUACCCCCAUCCCCUUGCAACCCCAUUGCUACAAUUUUGAAAAUAAAAAUUUUAGCUUGCUUUCUCUGGGCAUGAAAACAUUUUAAAUGUAAAUUAACACAAGAAAUCCAAAGGUUUUAAAUUAUUUUUACAUUUUUUGAGGGGACUGAAGUAAAUAGAAACUUAGAGGUGGAGGAUAAGCACCCCUACACCCAGGUACCUUUUGCAAUUCUGAUGGUUGGAACCCGAGAUUUGGAGUUGCAAAAAUAACUCAAUUUUUAAUUCAGAUAAAACCAGGUACAAUAAAAAUAUGGAAUGCUGGUAAAUUCCGAACCCUGCAUUUUUGGCAGCUAUACGAAUACUACCGACCAGCACAGGAUUAACUCGCUUUAAAACAGUGUAUUAUUAUUGCAGUUGUCAAGUAGAUUAAUAAAUGUGGUAGUGAAAUGUGUGAGUUGCUAAAGCAACAAAACUUAAGCGUGUUUCCUGAACAAUUACAGUUUUUAAAACAAGAUAUCAGGCGGCCUUGUAUUUUUUAAUAGAGUAUAUAUUUAUUUUUCAGCUUACUGAUAUUCCAGAAAAUAAAAAUAAAUAAAACUGGAACAGUAUCAAAAAUUUUGAUUUUCUUUCAAUUUAUUCCUUGAAAUGUUAAUUUAAAAUUCUAAAACUUGCCCUUUUAAAAAUGCGAUUUUAUCGAAAAAUUACAACUAGGAAAAAGAUAAAUUUAAAAGUAUUUAAUGUUUGCUUAAGAACUCGUGCGUGCUGAUCAAUUUCGUAGAUUAAAGGUCUCACAAAGAAACAACAAUCAGGACAAAUUAAAAAAAUGGACGUAACAAAAGGAACCUAAAUUUGAAAUAGCCGAAACUUGCUUUCUUAGACAAGUAAUUUUACUUCUUAAUUGCAUUUUGAAUUGGAAUAGACCGUUUGUUUGAAUUAAAAAAAAAUCAAUUCUUGUUUUCAAACCUUUCCUCAUUGAAAUGUAAAUAAUUGCUAAAUUUAACAACCCCGUAUAUAUAUGAAUCAAAGAAUUACAGCCAAACCUUGCCCCAGAGAUAAACGAACAAACAAAACAAAUAGAAAAAGAAGAAAGAUCGCUUUUAGAAAUAUUUUUAAGUAAUCUAUGUGAAGCAAUCGUUCAACGUUGGCUUGACCUUUUUGACGGAAGCAUGGUAGUCCCGCGACCUUUGCAAAUAUUCCUCUGAGAGAAGCGAAAUAUUUUUUUUAUUCUUUUAUGGUGGCGAUCGUUCUAUUUUAAAAGCGAUAUCAGUCGUCAGUGCGCGGGCUGCCAUCAUGCUCUUCAGACCCUUCUUUUGCUUUCUCGCGGCUUAUAUUUUCUUCCUUCUUGCCGCUGCUGCAACGGCAUCGGACGAAAAAGGCUCGGAUGUGACUACCGAGGAAACACUUGCAUUGCCCAAUUCAUUGACCAGCUUAGCAAAGGGGUGCAAGAGAACAGUACGCGGCCGAUGUCUUAGUUAGCAUGAGAUUAGAGACAAGUCCGUCAAGCCAUCAAGAAGUGAUGAUUUUACGUUUUAUUUCGACAGUAAUUAAAUUAUCCGUUUGCUUGUAAAUGGAUUAUACUCUGCGUUUUAAUAUAUUUCAAAUGAUUUAAA